GGGGUGGACGCUGCUGGCUCCAUGUGGCAUCGCUCCCAGGGUGGCCAUGUGUGUGGGGAAAUGCAGCCGGAUUGUGGGUCCCUGCCUGCUGGUGCUGGGCACGCUCUCUGUGGCAGCCAACAUCCUCCUGCUCUUCCCUGGCGGGGCGUCGAAGUACCUGGCAGAGGGGCACAUCAGCAAGCAUGCCAAGGCCAUGCCGGGCAUCUGGGGAGGCGGCAUCGCCGUGCUGCUGGCAGCGACCCACAUCACGGCGGUGGGGUGGCGAUGCACCGGCUGCUCCGACUGCGGCACCCGUCGCAACGCUUUCAUCUCUGCCGUGCUCUCCAAGCUGGCGCUCCUGGGUGCUGCUGCCUGCUUUGUCCUCUCCGGGGUGGGUUUGACCAAUGGACCCCUCUGCUUCUACAACGCCUCGGAGCACGGCCACGGGCAUGGCACCCUCUGGGGUUACCCCUUCCUGGAUGCCGGCAGCCAGGAGCCUGAUGCCAGAACAGAGAACUACCUGCAUGAUCGUCACACCUGGAGCAUCUGUCUGGAGCCAGCAGGUGUCGUGGCCUGGAACGUCAUCCUCUUCUCCCUCCUGCUGCUUGUCAGCGCCACUGAGAUGGUGCUGGCCUCCCUCCAGAUCCUCAAUGGCUGCCUUGGGUGCCUCUGCGGCUUUUGCGAGGGGAAGUAA